CACUUGCGCAAAAAACACCGCUCAGGUCAACUUUCACAGACAUUAUUACGCAUGGCUGUGUGUUUGCGCAAAAAGGUAAAAGCGCGACUGAGACACCGCCUUGAAGAAACUGGAUUUUAAGAGAAAGAGCAGAAACACUGAAACAAGAAGGCAGAACAAGCCCAAAGAGUGACUGAAGGACUGAAGGGUUCCCACUCUAGACAUUCUCAUCCUUGUGCCAACUCUAAUCUCCUCAUGUAUGACAGGAUAUCACCGUUUGGCGUCAUAAUCAGCUGUAGGUGUAGUUCAAGCCGAAAAUCUGACAUUCUCAGCUCGAAAAGAAAUGGAUCUGUGGGGACUUUAUCUGUUUCAUCUCAUAAGUUUGGCUCUGUUAGAGGUUAUACUGGCUGGCAGAGACUGCUUAGUGGCGGGAGACUCGUGCUCCAGCGAUGAGACUUGUAGUCCACGACUGCGGACUUUGCGUCAGUGUGUGGCCGGCAACGGCAGCAUGAAGCUGGGCCCCGGUGCCAGAAGUCAGUGUGCCAAUGCAGUGUCCGCUCUUCUGUCCAGCCCAUUACACGGCUGCCAGUGUAAACGGGGCAUGAAGAAGGAAAAGAACUGCCUGAGCAUCUACUGGAGCCUUCAUCAGUCCAUCAUACACGGCCUUAACCUGGUGGAGAGUUAUCCCUACGAGACUGUGCAGAGGAAUUACGACUACGUCCGCUUGGCCUCUAUUACAGCAGAUUCUGAUGUUGGCAUGACAACUGUAAAUCGCUGUCUGGAUGCAGCCAAGGCUUGCAACGUGGACGACUUAUGCCAGAAGCUGCGCACAGAAUACGUCUCUGUUUGUAUAAAACCCACCGCCAAGUCGGGCCUGUGCAACCUACCUAAAUGUAACAAGGCUCUGCGCAAGUUCUUCGACCGGGUCCCUGCCGACUACACGCAUGAGCUGCUCUUCUGCCCCUGCACGGAUACAGCAUGUGCAGAGCGCCGGAGACAGACUAUUGUACCGAGCUGCUCUUAUGAAAGUGCAGCAAAACCCAACUGCCUCACACAGAUGCGGAUCUGCAAAGCCGACUAUGUGUGCAGGUCUCGUCUGGCCCAGUUUCAGUACGACUGUGCCCCCUCUGAAGUGUCCGCCAGCGGCUGCCAACAAGGAAACUAUGGCGCCUGUCUGCUAGCCUACACAGGACUCAUAGGAAGUACAAUAACCCCCAACUACGUGGACAACUCUACCUCAAACGUCGCUCCGUGGUGCUCCUGCGCCACCAGCGGAAGUCAGAGGGGGGAAUGUGAUGAGUUCCUGGGAUAUUUUACCAACAACAUCUGUCUCCGUAAUGGUACAUUUAUUAAACCUCCCCCAAACACCUGA